UAUACGUACACAGACCCACCAGUACUCCGCGCGGCGGCACUCGAGGUGCGCGUGUCGCUUUUCGAAUGCUCACAGUAACACACUAACGCGCAACUACUGCAUUUUGCAUUUACGACAACAAUCGCAAUUUGCUAACCUGAAAGUGAAACAUUGCUGGCGUUCCUGUGCCCCCACGUAAAUGCUCGUUCCCGUCUGCGAGGAGAAAAAUAAACAUAGCACUUCGGUGUGUCAAUUGUUUCAGACCUGGCUCCCGACAGCGGCCCCCCGCCGCGCGCCCCCGCCAGCGCCUGUACAUUAUAAUCUGUGGAUUCUGUGAUGCUGACACGAACAGAGCCCUACAGGAAACUGCGUCCUAGAGGGCGACGGAGGACGUUGCCGUCUACUAAGUAAUAUAUAGUUCCUAAGUGUAAAGUGUAUCGUUGCCAAAAUGAUGGGCAACCGGAGAAACUUGGUGUUUAGAGUGAGCAUCGUGAUCAACAUCGCGGUGCUGCUGUACGCGGCCAUGCACCUCUCGGGCACCACGAGCAACGGAGUGGACUGGAUGCCGGUCGCCGUGGACCAGCAGGAGCCCGCGCGCAGCGCCGAGUUGCGGUACCUCUACGAGCGACGACCCGAAGCCCGCAACGAGACGGAAACCAGACCUGAAACUCUUCUCAAAACUUACGAUGAAUCCACCUCUCAGAAGACACCGUCCACUAUGGCCACUACCAACAAGACUGCUUCGAGCACGGCAUCUAUUGUGAUCCCGUCGGAGUCGGAAAUAACCAGCGAUGGUCUCGACAUAGUCGACGAGAACGCUUUAUCCGAGGCUACACUGCAGCGUCUACGUUCUCUGCUGAACUGUAAUGAGAGGGAAUUCUUGCCGGUGACCUACCAGCGAGGGGAGUUCUGGGUACUGAAGAACUACGUGCGCGCUGAUCACGGUGUCGUGCUCUGUCACGAAUCCAUCACCUACACCACGCACGCAGGCUUUGAAUUCCUCGACAACGUCCUGCCACUCGUCGAAAGAUGGAUGGCGCCUGUAAGCCUGGCCAUCCACGCCCCGGGCGCCGACCUGUCGCCCACGGUGAACAGCAUCAGGUAUCUCCGGGACUGCACCGGCAACGACCUCGUCCGGUCCUUCGUCACUUUCCACGUAUUCUUCUCACACAAGCAUAUACCGAGCACGAUACCAGACCCCGAGAGCUUCCUAAAUACGCCAUACAAUUGCAGCAGCAACCCGCCGUAUGUAGUGUCCAACUCGACGUACAUGAAGCAGAAAAGCCUGCUCUACCCCGUGAAUGUAGCUCGCAACGUCGCGCGAGACUCUGCGCUCACACACUUCAUACUGCCAUCGGACAUUGAGUUGUACCCUAGCCCUAAUCUGGUCCCGCGGUUCCUGAACAUGAUAGCGAGAAACGCAAAACCUCUGAACACUUCAACUAAACCGAGGGUUUUUCCAAUCAGUAUAUUUGAAGUCGAUGCCAAAGUCAAAGUGCCAUCAACCAAAACUGAGCUCCAAGAGAUGUUGAAGAAGAAGAAAGCCAUUCCCUUCCACAAAUUUGUUUGCCCGACCUGCCACAACAUACCUCAAGCGCAGCAGUGGAUGUCUGCUAGUGAAACAACCCAAAUGGAGGUGUUCCACGUAGGCAAAAGAAAAGGCAAGUUUGUUAUCUGGGAGCCUAUCUUCAUCGGCACUCACCAAGAUCCUUACUACGAUGAGCGGCUGAGCUGGGAGGGCAAAAAGGACAAAAUGACGCAGGGUUACAUUUUAUGUGUUAAAGACUACGAUUUCAUGAUCCUCAACAACGCGUUCCUCAUCCACAAGCCCGGGAUCAAGUACUACGUGAAGAACGCCAAGCGAGACGCCAUCGUGGCUCGGCAGAACCACUUCGUGAAGCAGGUCAUAACGCCCGAGCUCAAGAGGCUCUUCGGCACCAGGGAUGGCUGUGCGAUGUGACGAACAAAAUAUGAAGACGUCUCUGUGACAUGAAAAUAAUGAUAAACGCAAUUUCUGUGUCUUGAUAACAACAGUCAGUCGUUAUUUAACGACACGAUGCUAGUUCAUUUACAUGUAACCUUGAAGCCAGCUAAGCGCGGGAGAGGAUGCUGCGCGGGGAAACAAUCUACCAAAAAAAUACGCGCGCGCAACUUAGGUAACUCUGGUGGAUUUCAACUUAAAAGUAAAUGUUAUGUACAAUAAAUACAUCACUACAACAUUUUUGGAAUUGUAUGCUACCGCGAUAUUAUUGCUAAUACAUAAUAACUUGUCAAACGUAUUCAUCGUCCUGUGUACGGGAAAGAAAGAAUGUAUAACUUAGUUUGCUCAUAAGGGAAAGUGGAAAUUACAUAUCAACAACUGCUCUUGAGGAUGUAAGUUAAAAUUUAAAAGAAGUAUAAGUUCGGAAAAGCCACCUUUCUCUGCGUAAAGUGGUCCUUAACGUUAAAAAAAGUGCGACUAAAUUACACUAAAGUGACCUUUUUUAUUCGAAUGUCAUUUGGGGCCUAAUACAAGCUCGAAACACUUGGAUUCUGGUCGCUCUGUUCCUUUCCCAUCGUUAGCAAAGAGAAAGAAGCAGAAAACUUUCAAACGUCAUUUAACCGUAUAUUGACGGUUUGUAAUAGUCCCCGGGAAAAAAGUCAGAACCCAUCGUUCCAAAACGUCUACGAGAAUGAAUUCGUAAUAAUGAAUUCUCGAUUAAACAGUCCAUCGAUGUUAGUUAUUUCCAUUUUAUCUCAAUGAAAUUUACUUCUUUUGUUUUAUUGCGAUAGUUAAAGUUUAUUGUUAGAAUAACUUAAGGGAACAUGGGUGAAAAUGUAAUGAAGAAGGAUUAAAUUUUAUUAAGAUAUAUUUUUCCUUCUAAUGUUUUUACUGAUGAUGAAAAGUCGUGGGUACUACAUGAGAUCAAAGUUAUUUAUAUCUCGUGCGCUUUUGCUACGCUCAAGAUCCUAAUUUCCAUUCACUCCCUACGCUCGUGACUCUAUUAUAGUCUUUCCCUUGCCCGAGCCUCCAAAUAAGCACUCGAAGAGAUAUUCAAUAAACUUUGAUCUCUUGUUUUACAAAUAACUAUUUCCAGCUGACGAAUCGUUAACUAGUUCAAUGGCCUAUAAAGCUAUACAGAAUAGGUAUAAAACUAUAAAGGCUCGAUAUUUUUCUAAACGAAUUUUGUACUUUGUAUCUUCAUGAACUAUGUACAUGUCCUUAUGUAGAGAUGUAGGUAACUAAGAAAAAAGCAAAAGCAGCAUCAGUCCGACUGAAACAAGCGGAAAUCUCCGUCUACCGAAGUGCAUUAGGUAUUUAUUUAAGACAUCAAAUUUCAUAUGAUGCUCUUGUAUUAUCUACUAAUCUAUGAAUAUUUCAUUACUUGUAGUAUUGACUUGGUUGGUAUUUGAACCCAGCUGCGACCGCUACGAGUAUAUAUAAUUUAGGUGCAUUAUUAAACUUGUACACGUUUUAUACUUGUGUAGGAUAUUUAACUAAUUUUGUAAAUAAACAAAGGGUUAUUUUUUUAAUGGAAACUAGGUCGUGUUCUGUAUGUAGAAAAUAAGAUACAGUUACCUGCAAUACCUAUUAUCUAUCUUCCACUACGAAGCGGUCAAAAAAUAUGACACGUGCUUAGGUCGCUACGAAUAACAUUUCGACGGAUACGAAAAUAGAACCAUAUUUUUAUGUUUGAAAUAAAUAUAACCACAAAUUUCAAUAGCCUUAUCGCUUCUAUCGUUGAUGCCCCACUAAAAACUGACUGAUUGGUAUUUUUUUAUUCUGUGUUGUAAUAUUUACAAGAGUUAUCGGUAAACAUAAACGAGCUUAGCUUAUAUGUAUGUAAUAAUGGUGUUAGUAGAAAUUGAGUAUAAUAUUUAACCUGUAUGAGUUGAAAUUCACUGUAGGUACUUCCGAAUUAAAAGUUUGGAGUACAAUUGCGGCUGUAAAAGUUGCCCAUAAAAAUCGCCCUGAGAAUUCUUACAUCACUGUAAACAACAUUUGGGGCUCUUUGAGUUUCCUAAAACUGGUGGUUUCUAAUACAGUUGGCUCUUCUUUUUAAAAGUUUACCGACCCUUGGAUUAGAAAUAAUUUACAUAAGGUUGAUAACGUGACUAAAGUGCGAAGCACUAACCCCUUGUAAACUGUCUCAGUAAUUGAUUACGAGUAUUAUACUAGUACUAGUGAGCUGCCAUGGUAACAUUGGUAACCUAUACGACUUGACAGUUCGUGGACUAAUAUUAUUAAUUAAUAUUAGUCUAAUAACGUUCGAGAAAUGGGCCCAAGUGUAAAUUCGGAACCAUACGGGCAUCAUACACGAGUUUGGUUAGGUUUGUAGAAAAAGGUACGUAAUACUUUUUUUUUGUUUAAUGAUCCGAUAUAUCAGGAAAUGUAUAUAUCUCCAAUUUUUACUACUUAUUAGAUAUUAGUAGGUAAUAAUUGACAGUGACAUUGGGAGCCUCAUAAUAGUCGCCCUUUACUCGUAUUCUCGUAGGAUUUUUUGUCCUUUUCGUCGUAAGCUAAUCGCUUUAAGCAACCAAAUUGUUCGUGGGUAUUUUUUUCUCUUUUCCGCAUGUUCGGCUUUACUAUGAGAAUUAUUUAAUUAGUUUUAUAGCUAUUGUAUACAUUUCAAGAAAAUGUGCACAAGUCAUCUACAUAUCUUUCUUUUAUAGCGAAUAUAUUUAAUAAGAUUAUUUAUUCAGUAAAAUGCUAAAUUCCUGAAGUGCAUUUUGCUUUAGUAAUAAUUAAUCGUAUACGUAGGUAACUUUACUUUAAGUAGACACGUUUUGUAACCAUUGCUGUAAAUGUAGGCCAUAGUUGUGACGCGAAGCGUAGGCUAAAUUACGAACCUGAGUCCACACAAAAUCUUUAGAGUAUACUUUAUACCGACUAACUACUUAUAAUAUUUUGUAAACUUUGAACCUGCCUAAACGAAUAAAAGGGUAAUAGAUAUUAAGUUUUAUAAAUGAAUCGCCACGGCCUAUUACGAAAGUGUAGGAGAGAGCUUAUGUUUGUGUAAUGUGUAUUGUGGUAGUAGAGAUUACCACCUUAAUACGACUUACUUACUUGCUUAACCUAAAUAAGCCACAAAAAUCAAAGAUUCCAACGAAUUAAGAACUUCCUGCUACUCGUGUAGUAUUUAAAAUGUUGAGUUGCCAACAUAACGCUGAAAACAAUUGUUUCUGUAUGGUACAGUCAGCGUCAAAUACUUUGUAGCAGUCAAAGUGGCCAAAUAGUUCGGUAUACCAUACUAAAUAUAUGGUGUACCGAACUAUUUGGCUACUUUGGUUGCUACAAAUUAUUUGACGCUGACUGUACCUACAGUGGCGGAGCAAGAUACAUUUAGCGAGGCCCUCUGGUGGCGCAAGAUAUAACGAAUAUUUUUUUACGUUGCGUCCCAGUUAUAUUUAGUUGAGGCGCGAGGCUGUAGGCGGUGGCCUACGUCGCCCACGCCUAGCGCCGCCUCUGGGUACCUACUUACAGUCUAUCUUUACUUACAUACUAUCAUUUUUAUGCCUUAAUUUAUUUUGUUGUCUCAAGAGAUAAUUUAAUAGAAAUACGGGUAAAUACGUCUAUUCAGCAUAAUAAUACAUAAUAAAAUUGUUCUAUUACUCGUAGCAUUAUGCAAAGUGCGUUGUGAUGGUUGGUAAUAGCAUUUACAGCGGUUGUCGUGGCAUAAAUAUCAACUUUAGUGGCACCAAUUGCUCCAUAACUGCCAAGGUGAAGCCAUUGACAAGUACACAGGCUGGUUUCCAACACUAGUGCGACGUCCCAAAACACACAGACAUAAGCUCACUUCCUGACAUCGCAGGCGCACAAUCGUAUUUUAAUACAUAAGCAAAUAGUAUGUAUAGAUCGACUAUUCGUGUGCAAGUUAUUCUGGGCAUAUUCGGAGUAUGUGACGGGCCUUUUUGUAUCGGUGAUUAAAUUACGAAUAGUAACGUAAUUAAAAAUAAGUGUUUAAGCUCACCACGUUCGGACUUAGCAUGUAGGUAGACAGUUAGGUUUUUAUUUGGCCAUGUUCGCCGCAUCCCAUUUUUAAAGUAUUUUUAUGUUUGACUUGCUAGCUUAUUUAAGUAAAGUCAGUAUUCUUCUCGUUUAGAUCUUAAUAGUAGUAAGUUAACUCGUAUUGGGUUUUGGUUUCGGUAUACGCAUGUGGUGAGUUUUCACUUGUGUAGGCUGGAAGUGCCUCGUAGAUAAUAAGUGCAAUAUUAUUGAAAAGUCUCUCGAUGUGAUCAUUUACGAAUAUACAUAUUUAACAAAAUAUAUAAAAAAACUUAUUGCUUAUCUUUUAUAAUGUUUUAAACCAUUUCUUAGAAAUCAACAUGUAAAAUUAAUCGGUGUAAAAAAUUUAAUAAAAAAAUCUGACAGUGAA